GUAACUAAACUGGAAGCAGAGUGUCUGGCUCAACGCCUUGGAGAUCAUCAGUAUGUGGAGACGUCCUCUAUUACGGGACAAAAUAUUGAAAAAUCAGUGCAAAUGAUGGCCGAAGUGGUCUAUCGAAAUGUGGUAGAAGGGUUCUACGAGGAGUUCCCCAAACUUCAUGUGGAUGUGGUGAACGUGGCUGGUAUUGGUCAUGUGUUUUGUUUUGAGCGUAGAGCAAAACCGGUGGUAAUGAUUCGGGGCACCACCGCGGCUGUGUUUUAUGGGGACACAACUAAUGACUAA